AUGGCGCUCGUCGCGCUCGUCGCGCUCGUCGCUCGGCCAACGGACGCGCAGUCGUUCUUCGCCGAGGACGACGCGGUCGCGGAGACGACGACGGAGACGGCGGCGGCGGCGACGACGGCGUAUCCCGACGCGGACGCGUUUCUCAUGGACGACGACGACGACGACGACGACGACGACGCGGCGACGGUCGACGACGCGCCGCCGUCCGAGCGCGCGAGCGCGCGGCCGAAUCGCGUCGAAAGAGACGCGGACGCGGCGCGCCCCCCCGCGCCCCUUCCCGAGGAGGAGGAGGAGGGGGAGGACGACGACGUCGCCGACGAAGACGCAGUCGAGGUCGACGACGACGCGGCGAGCGUCGCGGCGACGGAGACGUCGGAAUCGAAGCCGCCGGCGGACGCGCCGGCGACGGCGCCGGAGCCGACGGCAGCGCGUCCGACGCCCGCGCCCGCCGCGCCCGCGGAGGACACGCGCGCGGCGAAACUUCGCGCGCGAUUGAAACAGCUGGAGGAGAUGCGAGAGCGCGCGCGCGCCGCCGCCGCCGCGCGUCCGCCCGCGCCCGCGCCCGCGGACGAGGUCGAGGUCAGCGAAGAAGACCUCCCGGGCAUGGGCGACGGCGAAGAAGCGCCGACGAUCCGCGCGCCGCGGACGCUCCUCUCCGCGCGCGCGCCCGCGGAUGCGCCGAACGAAACCGACGCCGCGGAAAACGCCGCCGCCGCCUCGAACCGACGCGCGCUGCUAAUGUCCUCGGACGACGACGACGGCGUCGGCGGCGACGAGUUCGACGCCGCGCGACGGAGCUUACUCGCGACGAGCGUGAGCGGCGACAACACGCAGUGGGUCGGGUUCGAGGAUACGCCGCAGCGAUUGGCGGAGUCGCGCUCGGGACCGGAGGUCACCAUCGCGAGGCACCACGGCAACGCGCACGUCGUGCGACCGGGCGGGUACUGGCAGGCUGCGCGGUUCAACCGCGUCGAGCGACCGCGUCGGUCGAAGCUCCCGACGGACUUUGGCAAAGGGUCCGGGGAGGGCACGCUGAGCGGGCCCAGAGGAGGGAUCAACCAGCACGACCGCGUGGGCAUCAAUAAAGCGAGCGGGUGGCCCGGGCGACUGCACGCGAACGAGCGGAACACGGACCCGUACCCUGGGCUCGCGACGACGGACAGCGUGCACAACGCGCUGCAGCCGUUCGUCGUCGGGGUGACGUCGUACACCCCGAACCGCCGGUUCCAGAAUUACCAGUACCGACCGAUGGCGCGGGUGUCGUCUUUGGACUGCGCCGGAAGCGCGACGGAGUUGAACGGCCGAUGCGAAGACGCCAAGGUGAAAACGGUCGGAAAGCACGCGUUUAAGACGGGCGAGAAGUUCACGUUCCAGCUCGUCUUGGGCGGCGACCGGACGAUGCUAAACAUGAAGACGUACAUCGUGGGAGACACGGUGACGUACGACUCGUUCACGUUAGACGCGACCACGCCGAUCGACACGAAGACGGGGACGCCGGACGUCGACGUCGCGAGCGCGUUCAUCGUCAAGAUGAAAACCCCGACGGCGGCGAAUCCGAUGCCGACCGUCGGCGAGCACGAGUGGGCGUACGAGAACGGGGAUAAGAUACGUUUCUUCGUGACGUUCUCCGAGCCGGUCACCGUGACCGGGUCCCCGACGUUGAAGCUCAACACCGGUUCGCACUACGAAGCCGGGAGCGCGGACGCGAAGGCGACGUUUAUCGGCGGCGGCUACGGCGAGAGCAAAUCGUUUUGGAAAAACAACGAGCGGAGCCCGCUGAAGAGCCCGAACGAGCCGAACAACUGGUACGAGGACUUAUACAACAUUCACGACGGCGGGUGCACGAUGGGCGGGUUCCAGCGAGACCUCGCGGCCGCGAGCGACUGCGUGCGGCUCUCGCCCGGCGGCGUCUGCGACUGCGCGGCGUACAGCGGCAUCACGAAAGCGACAGACGCGGUCGUCAAAGUCCGCCGCGUGCACUCGUUCUCGCCCGGCGACUUGAUCAUCAUAAAGGGCGUGACGGGCCUCGACGCGGGGCUCCUUAACAAGCAGCACGCGGUCGGGACGGUCAGCGGCACGGGCACGGGCGGGAACGACAUGCUGACGUUUGAGCCGCCGCUCGAUCUGACGGGGAAGGUUUUCGACGCGAGCGUCGCGGUGCUCGGGCGCGUGAACAUCGGGCACGAGUGCCGGAGCGACGGCGCCGGCGGCGCGAGCGAGCACGGCGAAGGAUACUGCACGUUCAGCGCGGACGUCCGGCAUCGACUGCCGACCGGGGACAGCACGCUGCUCGAGCACACGCGGUACGCGCCUCAGCUUCCGGGACCGGACGGCGGCGGCGUCGUCGCGACGCGGAAAGAGUUUCAGUACAACGAGGAUCGCGUCGAGCAGUACAUGGACAACGUCCUCGCUUUCGAGCUCACGGUCGCCACGGGCGGCGGCGCGUACGACCAGACGAAAGGGAACCUCGGCGCGACGGCGGGCGAGGCGAUGCAGAGCAACGAUUUGGAGUACGUCAGCCGGCACGCGCUCGAGCUGAACGGCGGGACGAUCAAGCGCGCGUGUCCGAUGACGUUCCAGAUUAAAGCGAUCACGUGCGGGGUGAAGACCGUCGUCGAGGUGUACGGCAGGCAUCGGUUGAAACCUGGGGAUAAGAUCGCGGUCGAGGGCGUCGUCGGGGAUAACCCGACGACGAGCGGGAAGUACAACGCCGAACACAUCGUGUACGCGAUUCCAAAAGUCGACAACGUCGUGGACGCGUCGAAAUUUCAGAUGGACUUUGACACGUCCGACCCCUCCGGUCUGUGCGUGAACACCCCGACGGUGACCCCGGAAAAGAGCAGAGUGCGGAGGAUCAAGACCGUCGCGGACUGGGGCGACGGCAGCGUGUGUAAGUUCGCGGACGCGUCGCUGAGCUUGCCGCGGCCGGGGGAUAAGAUGCGAGGCGUCGACGGGUACUUUCAGUCCCUCGCGUACAAUAAGGACAUCACCAUCGGAAGAGCGUACGUCACGAACGUGUCCUCAGACGCGAGAGACGGGACGUACGGGUACCACAGAGACGAGAUGCAGGCGCGCGACGGGAACUCGUUGGCCGCGGAAAAUUUUCUCCCCCUCGGCGCGCCGGAUGUUCUCGACUUGAAAGUGUCCUUCUCCGAGCCCGUCUUCGCGUCGUGCGGCGUGAACGACGACCGGUGGAGCACCCCGGAGCAGUACGUCGGGCUCCGGUACCGCGUGUGCGAGAGCAUCCAGCUCGCGCUCUUCACGAAGGACGGCGCGGAGGCGGGGGAUCAAAACUUGGACGCGACGACGGGAAUCCCGGGUUCGGAAAUAUUUCCGACGGCGUUUCUUCACGACACCGGACGCGACCCCCCGAACGUCCUGAACUUCCGGUACGUCCCUCGGCGCGGGGACAACGUCACGCGUCUGCAGUACAAGUCCGAGCUCGCGCUGGAGGUGACCUGCGCGGCGAAAGAUUCCUCGGACGCGUGCGUCUCGAUGUCGCACAUACGACGGCGGGCGGACAACGCGUUGGCGGGGCUCAAGCUGCCGCCGACGGCGCGCGACGUCGGCAAGUGCGUCCAGCCGCCGAACGCGGCGGGGGAGGUGAUGUGCGCGAGCGCGACCGCGGACCACGCGUACUCGCUCGCGGGGAGGAAGAACAUACGCGUGCGCGCGGCGUUUUAGAUUUCAUAUUAAUAAUAAAUACCAUCGGUGUUUUCGUUACC